AUGCUCCUCUUCCCAGCUUUCUCAGUCACCGACGUCUUCGCUAAAUCUGCACCUCAUCGCUCCCACCCUCUCCCCCAUCAGCACUCAACCCCGAAUGAUGAACUCCUACACAACUCCUCCUUCUCGCAAUCCAUCGUGCCCACCGACACCUUGGCCACGGCCGCAGACCUCGACCUGCACGCCCUUUUCGUCCCCGACGGCGUCGGCACGCUCGCCCCCACCCCAGACCUUCAGCCCAGGAUCGACUACAUCACCACCACGUACCCGUCCCUCACGCACCUGAUCUCCACCUGCACGGGCGCCGGCGUCCUCGACGGCCGCAACGCAACAACCAACAAGGCCAUGUGGAACGAGACGGUCAGCCACGGCCCGCGCACCAAUUGGAUCGGGCAUGCGCGCUGGGUCAGGGAUGGGAACGUGUAUUUGCGCAGUGGCGUGAGUGCGUGGAUCGAGGACGUGUGGCGUAAGGAGCGGGCGGAUGAGUUGGCCGUGGGGAUCGAGUAUCCGAGGAUCACGGAUUGGCGCGAUGACCCCGUUUGCCGAGUAUUGGGGCGUGAAGGACGUGCCGCCUAUUGA